AUGGAGGGCAUUGAAAAUCUUGUUUCGGCUAGAAAAUUUUUAAAGGCCAGCUUGGAAAAAUCAAGAGAUUUAGCUUUUGAAAUCAAUAAGAUUAGUCCAAGAUUGGAAAAAGCUAACCAAAGUUUGCCAUUUCUUGAAAAUUCUAUCAAAGAUGUGGCAUGUAAAUGCAGGCUUUACGAGAUUAGGAGUCACGUUGAUCGUGCAAUGGGCCCUGCUGCUGGUGUUUUGAGGAUAUUGGACGUUGUUUAUGAGCUCGAGCAUUCACUUGUGGCUGACCCAGAUUCUGAUUUGUUCACGUAUAUUGCAACUGUCAAACGCCUAGAAGACGCGCUCAAGCUUCUUACUGAUAAUUCCGAGCUGGUGAUUCUGUGGCUGGACGAUUUGGUGCAGUUUUUGAAGAACAGUGAUGUUUCUGAUGAUCAUUGGUACCUAAUGAAUGUGUUGAAGGCAUUGGAUAUACUAUGGGAACUGCAUUCAAUGGGGCAAAACGGUGAGGUUCUACAGGCUGCACUCGACAACCUGGAGAAUGAAUACAGGCAUAUUUUGACAGAGUACAGUUUUCCAUUUCCAUUUCAGUCCUCGCACAAGGGGAAAGCAAGCAUAUUACCAGUGUCUUUGCCACUUCCUGUCGUUGAGAAGUUGCAAGCCAUAAUUGAGAAAUUAGCUUCCAAUAAUCGACUUGAAAUUUGCGUCUCCAUCUAUGCACAAGUCCGGAGUUCAAAAAUACGAGCAAGUUUACAAGCCCUUGAUGUGGAUUACUUACAUAUACAAUUAUCUGAAUUUGACAGCGCGAAAACUGCAGAGAGCUACAUGGAUUUGUGGGAUAAGCACCUCGAAUUUGUUGUGAAACAUCUGCUCGAUAAGGAGUACCAUCUUUGCAGUGAAGUCUUUGGGAACUCGGGAAAUGAUGUCUGGAUGCAUUGCUUUGCAAAGCUUGCAAUACAAUCUGGAAUCAAUGAUUUCAUCAAAUUUGGUGAUACAAUUACUAAAUGUAAGAAGGAUGCAAUCAAGCUUCUAAAGUUGUUGAAGAUUUUUGCAACUCUCAACAAACUGAGAUUGGAUUUCAACAAGCUUUUCAGUGGGAAAUUCUGUGUUAAGAUUCAAAACCAGACGAGGGAUGUCGUUAAGAAAGUAGUUACUGGCGCAUGUGAAAUUUUUCGGGAACUUUGCGUCCAAGUUGAGUUGCAAAGGCAAUCCUGUCCACCACCCGAUGGCAGUGCCCCAAAGCUCGUAAGCUUCGUGACUGGAUAUUGUAACCAGCUUCUCGAAGAUGAGAAUAGGUCAGUUCUAAUCCAAGUUCUGGAGAUAUAUCAAGUUUGGAACCACGAAAGUUCCGAAGAGGAAGUUCUUUUCAAUGAGAUUCACAACAUAAUGAGAGAACUCGAGCUCAACUUGGAUUCUUGGGCAAAGGCAUACAAGGAAACUGCCCUAUCCUGUCUUUUUAUGAUGAAUAAUCAUUGGUUCUUCUGUAAUAACGUCAAAGGAACAAAACUCGGAGAUCUGAUGGGGGAUUCUUGGCUUAGAGCAAAUGAAGAAUACUUUGAAUACUACUCAACAAUGUACUUGAGAGAGAGUUGGGAAAAACUUUCAGUGCUAUUACAAGAAGAAGGCCUAAUCUUGUUCCCAGGGGGCAGAGCCAUUGAUCGAGAAUUGGCGAAGAAGAGAAUCAAUUCGUUUAAUGCGGCCUUCGACGAUAUGUAUAAGAAGCAAUCUAAUUGGAUUUUGUCUGAUAAAGGCUUGAGAUUGAGAAUACGCCAGCUUGUGGUGCAAGCUGUUGUUCCACCUUAUAAGAACUACCUGCAAAAAUAUGCGUACGGGAUAGAAAACGAGGUUGGAACAGGCAGCCAUUUAAAGUAUACUGCUCAUAGCUUAGAGGAUUUGAUCAAUUCUUUUUUCCAACAGAAAGAAGGGAAAUUUGAUGGCACUAAAUGCACAGAUUUGAUUGGAAUCAAGAAUGCUGUUAUCAAUCACUUGUCAAUGCCUGCUGCUGCAUAA